GUUUAGUAGAAGUUCACACGUCCGCUUGUUUUUAAUACUUUAUUAAAGAAGUAAAACAGCGUGUGGAAGUAAAUAUUAAAGUAAUGGAAUCCACCGGUUAUGAUUCGGAUUCCAGUACGGACGACACCAUGCUCGACUCGGAGUGGAAUUACGGAGCGUCAGGAGGCGCCAGCUUUCUUCCAGAACUGAGGAUUUUGCUUGUAGGAAAUUCUGAUUCCGAGCCGAGUUCGGCGGGAAACGUCAUCCUGGGCAGAGAUGAGUUUGAUUCCCAAACCGUUCAGAGUGUAAGGAGACAGGCGGUAGUGGCAGGCAUGAAGAUCGCGGUGGUGGCAGCUCCGGGAUGGUGGAAGAGCCGGCCGGUAGACGAGAGCACGGAGUUACUGAAGCAGGAGCUCGUCCUCAGUCUCCGCCUGUGUCCUCCGGGACCUCACGCCGUGCUGCUGGUGAUAGAUGGCGACAGCAACUUCGAAGAGAAAGAUAAAAAGAUAUUAGAAGGGCACCUGUGUCUUCUGGGCGAGAACGUCUGGAGCCACUCGGUCGUGGUGUUCCUUUUCGACGAGUCUCUGGGCGACAUGACCGUCGAGCAGCACAUCGAGAGCGGAGGGAAGGCCGUCCAGUGGCUGGUUGAGAAAUGCGAGAACAGGUACCAUGUUCUCUACAAGGAUGAAAAAGACGUAGACUUGUCUGAGGUGCCAGAGCUUCUGGAGAAGAUUGAGGUGAUGGUGAUAUCCAACGAUGGCCGCCCUUAUGAAAUAGACAGCGCGCUUUUACUAGAGAUGGAACGGAGCAGGUCGGUGGAGAAGGAACGAGCGACGGAGAGGAGGAUGAGGCUGCAAAAUCAGAGACAACAGCUCCGAUCACGCAUGGAUAAAAACAAGCCCCUAUCAGAAGUGAACAUCGUGAUGCUGGGCUACAGAAACUCGGGCAGAAGUUCAGUAGGAAACACCAUCCUGGGCAAGAAGGAGUUCGAUCUAGACAGAGCGACCCAGUGCGUGAUGAGACAGGGUGACGUAGCGGGGAGGAAGAUCACCGUGGUCGAAGUUCCAGGAUGGUUCAGCAACAAACCGGUGGAGGACAGCACGGAGCUGCUGAAAAAGGAGAUCAUCCUGAGCGUGUCCCUGUGUCCCCCGGGGCCCCACGCCGUGCUGCUGGCCGUGUCUCUGAAAUUCGACUUUAAAGAGAUCGACAGGAGCGUGGUGGAGGGAUACGUGAUGCUUUUCGGGGAGGCGGUCUGGAAUCACGCUAUAGUGGUGUUCUCCGUUGGAGACUGGCUGGGCGACACGCCCAUCGAGGAGUUCAUCGAGUGCGAAGGGAAGGCCCUGCAGUGGCUGGUGGAGAAGUGCGGGAACAGGUACCACGUCCUGAACAACGGGGACCGGGCCGACAAGGCUCAGGUCACCGAGCUGCUGGACGUGAUCGAGGAGAUGGUGGCCGGCCUCGACGGGCGGCAUUUCGACGCAGGGAGGAACAUCCUGCGCGAGCUGGAGGAGAGGAGGACGUGCGAGAAAAGAGCGAGCGAGAGGAUGAUGAAGGUGCAGCGACAGAGGCAGGACAUCAGGUCGAGAACCGACGUGAGCCUCCACUUGUCAGAGGUGAGGAUGGUGCUUCUGGGCUACAUCAACUCCGGGAGAAGCUCGGCAGGAAACACCGUCCUGUGCAAAGACGCGUUUGACCUGAGCAAAACCACUCAGUGCGUGAGGAGACAGGGAGACGUAGCAGGGAGGCAGAUCACCGUGGUCGAAGCUCCGGGAUGGUGGAGCGAUCGGACCGUGGAAAAAAGCACGGAGCUGCUGAAGCAGGACAUCGUCCUCAGCGUGUCCCUGUGUCCUCCGGGACCCCACGCCGUGCUGCUGGUCGUAUCUCUGAAAUUCGACUUUAAAGAGACCGACCGGAAGGUUUUGGAGGGGCACGUGUUGCUCCUGGGCGAGGGCGUCUGGAAGCAGGCCUGCGUGCUCUUCACCGGCGGAGACUAUCUGGGGAACAGGACCAUCGAGCAGUACAUCGAGUGCGAAGGGAAGGCCCUCCAGUGGCUGGUGGAGAAGUGCGGGAACAGGUACCACGUCCUCGACAACGAGGACCGGGAGGACGACGCUCAGGUCAGAGAGCUGCUGGAGAAGAUCGAGGAGAUGGUCGCAGACAACGGUGGCUGCUGUUUCGAGAUGGACCGAAAGAUCCUGCAGGAGGUCGAGGACAAGAGGCGGGCGGAUGAAGAGCGAGCAAAGCAGAGGAUGAAGAAGGUGCAGAAACAGAGAGAGACGGCCAAAUCGUACCUGGAUUUAAGGAGAAGACGACCAGCGGGUUUGAUCAUCGUGGGCAAUGACAGAUUAAACAAGAGAUCUCAGGGCCUGUCCUGUGUGGACGAAAACGAGGGGCUGCUGACCAAUGAGAGGGAAGCGAGAUCGUCCUCACCCACACCGAGUUACUUAUCUAUGAAGUCUGACUGGUCCAUGGACAUACCGCCGACGUUAAAUUGGGCGCCUUCAGUAUCUGCACACAGAGAGGAUCCAGAGGUGGUUUCCGGAAAGUGCUCUGUGUGUAAAGAGGUGCCACGAGACCCCGUCCCGAUCCCGUGCGGACACACAUACUGCGGGCGGUGCAUCGAGACUCGCCGGAGCCAGCCCGGCCCCGCGGGCGGAUGUCCGGAAUGCAGCGACGCGGCGUCCGCGUCAUCCUCGCCCGCCUGCUUCGGACACGUGACCUGCGAUUUCUGUACCGAAACGAAGUCGCGGGCGGUGAAGUCGUGCCUGACCUGCGCCGCGUCCUACUGCGAAAGUCACGUGAUGCAGCACUACACGGUGCCGGCUCUGCGAGGGCACGUCUUGGUGGACGCCACCGAGGACCUGGAGAAGAGACGCUGCCCGAUACACCACAGAGCUCUGGAGGUCUUCUGCACCACCGACCAGACGCAGAUCUGCACCCUGUGUGUGCUGUUCCAACACAGAGGGCACGACGUGAAAUUUCAGCCAGUUGCUGAGAUGAUGGAGGGAGCUGUGAAGGAACCUGUCAGGGCUGCUGAACCCUCCAGGAAGGUGAACAAGUUCGUCUCUCUUUGCUUUCUCUGCGUUGUCGGCAUCGGCGGUUUUAUUUACUAUACUGUGAUGCGAGGCCACCGAAAUCUGCCAAACCAGCUGUAAUGCGUCAUGCUACUGAUUCUGUACAUCACUGGACCUGCGCUGGAGUGGUGGAACCUCGAGGUUCCUGAAGAUCUUCCUCAGGAGGUAGAAGAAGAGCUCUGAACACUGAAGGUUGUUAAAUACAGUUUAUAUCAGUGUUCAGUGAAAUGUAACAGAGCUUGAGCACUAUAUGGUCAAAAGUAUCUGGACGCCCGACCAUCAGUUUGUCAGGACAUUUCAUUGCAAAAAACAAAUGGCAUUAAAACAGUCACCUCUGUGUGCCGCUCUCCUCUGAGAGAGUAAAUCAUGGCGGUUAGGGGGUCCUGGAGUUGCGCACUUUAGUACCUGUCAUGUGACCUACCUCAGUAAGGCACUGAUCGGUUUACGGCACAAGAAAUUAUCCGGUUGCCCUGGAAUCACUGUGCACAUUGCAGUAGCCAGUCGUGUCGUAUGAAGACGCCCGACUGGUCGACAGCACCUCUGAGACCCACUGCAACCCUGACCAGGAUUAAGCAAUGGUGAAACAGCCAAUGAAUGAACGAAUGAAUAUCUUUAUAUUGACUGUAGAUACUAAUAAUGAUAGGGUGGUUCUGUGGGUAGAGAAGGUUCUGGGUUUGAUUCCCAGGUGGAACAGAAAUUCCUGUCUGCAUGGGUUUCCUCCUACAGUCCAAGUUAAUUAAAGCUUCAAAAAUUGAAUGUUUCCGUUAUCAGUGUGUGUGUGUGUGUGUUGAGUGAUGGACUGGCGAUCUGUCCGUGGCGUUUCCUGCCUUUCGUCGAAUGAUUCAGACCCACUGUGACCCUGAUCAGGAUAAAUCGGUGGUAAAACAGAUAAUGAAUGAAUAAAUGAAUGAGCUAAUAUCUUUAUAUUUCCUAUAGUUACUAAUAAUGUUAGGGCGGCUCUGUGGGUUGAGCCGUCACCUCACAGCCAGAAGGUUCUGGGUUUGAUUCCCAGGUGGAGUGGGAAAUCCUUGGGUUAAUUGAAGCUACAUUUAGCUAAGCUAAAUUGAAUGUUUCCGUUAUCAGUGUGUGUGUGUGUGUGUGUGUGUGUGUGUGCCAAGUGAUGGACUGGCAAUCCGUCCGUGGUGUUUCCUGCCUUUCGUCGAAUGAAUCAGGCCCACUGCAACCCUGACCAGGAUAAAUCGGUGGUAAAACAGACAGUGAAUGAAUAUAAGAAUGAAGUAAUAUCGUUAUAUUUACUAUAUUUAUCAAUAAUGAGAAUGAUCAUACUAUCCAGAUUUUUUCUGAUAUAAUUAUCAUACAUCGUGUUUAUGUAUAGAAAAUAUUUAAA